GUUAACAGGUCAGCUUCGAACACUGAAUGUGGAAAGAAAGGCAUUUUUCAACGUUGUGGACCUUCAGGUGUUCCAGUUUGUUCAGAGUUGAGAGCAGAAGAGGAUGACAAGCCAGGCAACUGAGAACCCAAAAACAAUUUACGACUUCACUGUCAAGGAUGCAAAGGGCAAUGAUGUGGAUCUUAGCUUGUACAAGGGAAAAGUUCUACUCGUUAUCAAUGUUGCUUCCAAAUGUGGACUGACCAACUCAAACUACACAGAGCUGAAUCAACUAUACCAACAGUAUAAAGAACAAGGCUUUGAGAUACUGGCGUUUCCAUGCAAUCAGUUUGGUGAUGAGGAACCGGGAAGUAAUAAAGAGAUUGAAGAGUUUGUCUGCACUCGUUUCAAAUCUGAAUUUCCAAUUUUUGACAAGAUUGAAGUAAACGGUGAUAAUGCUGGUCCCUUGUAUAAGUUCUUGAAGUUAGGCAAAUGGGGAUUCUUUGGAGAUGAUAUCCAAUGGAAUUUUACCAAGUUUCUAGUUGACAAGGAGGGGAAAGUUUCUGAUCGCUAUUACCCGACCACUCCCCCCCUUAGUAUUGAGCGGGAUUUAAAGAAGCUAUUGGGAGGCCCGUGAAUGCUGAGAUGCGAAGUUUCUACUGGGUUGGGUUGUAGUGUAAGCGGUAUGCAUGUGCUUUCCUUUUCUCCACCAGGAGGGGGAAAAAGCCUUGCUUUUGUGUGUUGUUGUGCCUCCAAGACUGGUUUAGGACCUAACGUCGUGCCGAUGUGUUGUAUAUUAUGCUCCAUAAACUGAGCCAGACCAAUUUCUAAUUUUAAAUGAUAAUGUCACCAAGAGAUUGAACUUGUGUAUUUGAUUGUUUUCUAUAUGAUAGAUGAGUAAGGUAGAUGAUGCAACCAUA